GAGUUUUAUCGUUUGGAGCUUCAGUCGUAAAGUGUUGAGAGACUGAAUAAAAAAACGCGAAGCAAGAAUCAUUGAAAUUGACAAAACAUUGAAGAAGUUGGGGGGUUUGUUUGUGGUAAAAAAUUUCGCGAGGACGAAUAUUAAGUUCGCGAAAAGUAGAAAGGAGCUGAUUUUUUUUUAUUUCGGAGGAAAACUUGUGACUUUUCGGGCGUUUGAGUGAGUGGGCAUAAUUUUUUUUCACUUUUUUAACACUACGGUUUCGAGGUUUCGCUGUGACGAACCGGCGAACGAGCCUUUUUUGAGUAAAGACACGUCGAAUUGAAAAGAACAACGACUUGAAAUACUUAUCGCGCACAAUGGCAGGUGCAAUGUUGUUCGAGCGUGCUCGAGCCAUUUCCGCUACAAAUACUAGCGAAGGCAUCUCUUUACUGAGUGAAAUUGUUUCCGAUCCAAAUAUCGGGAUCAACGAAGAUGAUGAAGAAAGAAUUCGCGUCAAGGAACAAGGUAUUCUUCAGCUUGGCGAACUCUACAAGAAAGAAGGCAAAGCUAAGGAACUCGCCGAACUUAUCAAAGCUACACGACCAUUCUUGAGCCUCAUCAGCAAGGCUAAAGCCGCCAAACUCGUACGCUCACUCGUUGACUUUUUCCUUGAUCUGGAAGCUGGUAUUGGAAUCGAGGUGCAACUAUGCAAAGAGUGUAUAGAAUGGGCGAAAGAAGAAAGAAGAACUUUUCUCAGGCAAUCUUUGGAGACAAGAUUGAUAGCUUUGUACUUCGACACCGGAAUGUUCAGCGAAGCUCUUACAUUGGGUUCUACAUUGUUGAAAGAAUUAAAGAAACUUGAUGACAAACAGUUACUUGUCGAGGUACAAUUACUCGAGAGCAAGACUUAUCACGCAUUGAGCAAUUUGGCUAAAUCUAGAGCAGCGCUAACCAGCGCUAGAACAACUGCCAAUGCCAUUUAUUGUCCGCCCAAAAUGCAAGCUGCUCUCGACCUACAAUCGGGCAUUUUACACGCUGCUGACGAAAGAGACUUCAAGACUGCCUAUUCUUACUUCUAUGAAGCAUUUGAAGGAUACGACAGUGUUGACAAUCCAAAAGCAUUAACAGCCCUCAAGUACAUGUUGCUCUCAAAAAUAAUGAUCCGCACCCCGGAAGACGUACAAUCUAUAAUGUCAGGAAAAUUAGCAGUCAAAUACGCUGGUCGUGAUCUCGAUGCAAUGAAAGCAGUAGCGGAAGCGAGUCAUAAACGUUCUCUAGCCGAUUUUCAAGCUGCUGUAAAACAGUAUCGUCAGGAACUCGAGGACGAUGUCAUAGUCAGAGCUCAUCUCGGUUCCCUCUAUGACACUAUGCUCGAACAAAAUCUUUGUCGUCUCGUUGAGCCAUACUCACGUGUACAGGUGGCCCACAUAGCAUCCUGCAUAACGUUGCCUAUUGCUCAAGUCGAAAAGAAACUUUCUCAGAUGAUACUCGACAAAAAAUUGUUAGGCGUGUUGGAUCAGGGGGAGGGUGUGUUGAUAGUAUUUGAGGACACACCGCGGGACAAAACCUACGAGAUAGCCCUGGACACGAUACACAGCAUGGGAAAAGUCGUCGACACUCUUUACCAGAAAGCCAAGAAACUCACCUAGCCCAUUUUAAUAUGAAUUUAUAUAAGUAAACAAACAAACAAACAAAAAAAAACUCUAUUAUAAAUAUUACUAAUGAUAACGAUUAGCUACUGUCAUUAAAUAAUAACGGAUUAAUCGUGUGUCUUUCCCUUCUCUAACUUCGAGCGAAAGAGGUCCAUAAAAUGACAAAAAAAUCAAUAAACAACUCGUAAGCUUAAUAA